AGCGCACCCCCCCCGCCCCCCAAAAAAAAAAAAAAUAGAAGCAAAGAAAGAAGCUUCAACUUUUUGUUCGCACGAUUUCUCAAAGGCUUCUGGAUCUGUUCGUUCGGUUGUCGGUUCCGUUUGUAUUUGAGUUUUGAUUGUUGCACAAAUGGAAGAAGACAAGAAGAAGAGGAAGAACAAGAAAAAGAAGAAUAAACAGACCAAAGGGAUUGAAAAUAAUGCCGUUGGUGCAGAAGAAUCAGCUUCCUCCAAUCAGAAUCAUGCUGCUGAAAUACGUUGUGCUGACGCACAUAUUGAUGAUACUUCGGGAGCAGAUGAGACGCCUAGUAGACAUGUUACUAAUGGUGCCAAAGUCUCAUCUUUAGCAGAAAAUGAGAAACACAGUAAGAUGGAUACAGAGCCCACUUCUCAAGAGAAAAUUAAACAAUUACAGAAAGAAAAGGAUGCACAUAUGCAAAAAGAGGCUAUUUUUGAGGAGAAACUUAAACAAUUAGCAAAGGAAAAAGAUGCCAAUUUACUGAAGGAGUCUAACCUUGAAGAGAGGAUUAAACAACUACAGACUGAAAAUAACAAUCAUAUACAUAAAGAGGCUAGCUUUGAGGAGAAAAUCAUGCAAUCUCAAAAAGAAAUUAGCAGUCUCAAGAGGCAAGAGGCCGGCCAAGAAGAAAAGAUAAGACAACUGCAAAUGGAGAAAGAUGUCUACCUGCAGAAAGAGGCUGAGUUCGAGAUGAAGAAUUCUCAAUUACAAAGUGAAAAAAAUUCCUGGCUUCAAAAGGAGUCAGGCUUUGAGGAAAGAAUUUGUCAGUUGGUGAAUGAAGUGGAGAAGUUGAAUUCAAAGAGGGUGAGCUUGGAGGAAAAAGUAGAAGAGAUGGAGAAGGAAAUAGAAAACAGAGUCCAGAAGGAGGUUCACUUGGAGGAAAAAAAUAGUCAGUUGGUGGAUGAAGUGGAAAAUUUGAAUUCGAUGAGGGUAAAGAAUUUAAAAGUCACUGUUAGCUUGGAGGGAAAAGUAAAAGAGAUAGAGAAGGAAAGGGAGAACUGGUUCCAAAAGGAGAAAUCAUUUCGAGAAAUAAUUUCCAGCCUGAGUGGUGAUAAUGCACUUUUAGAGGCGCAGGUGAAGGAGUUCGAAGGGUUGAGGACCACUAUUGUACAAGAAAAUCAGGUACUCAAAGAAAAUGUACAAAUUCUGCAGACACAAGUCUAUAACCUUGAGAAGAGUGCUGCAAUAUCUUAUUCACCAACUGGGAGCAAAAUGAAUACUCUUGAAAAUGGGGAUCUGAAUUCUGAAUUAGUAGCUACCCGAGCAUUGGUGGACAAAUUAGUCAGUGAAAAUGCAGAGCUUGUGGAGAAGGUGAACAAGUUAAAUCUGGAGCUCGAACAAAGAGGUCCAGCAAUGGAGGUAUCUUCAUCUUUAGGAUCCGAUGCAGUUAGCAGGAGCUCUGGGGCAGCUCAUGUUGCCAAUGAAUCAGCCAUUGCGUUAGAUAUGAGGCCUGGAGCCGUUCAGGAUCAUGAAUUGAAUCAUGAUACAGAGCCAAAAUCCAAACCCAAUGAAGCAGUGCUGCAGUCAGGUGAAAGGCUGCAAUCUGUGGAAGACGCAAUCGACAAAGCUGAGAGGAGAAAUCACGAGCAUGUGGCUAAGAUAGAUGGCAGUGUUGUUGUAAAUUCAUCAGAAAUCGAGUCUGAUGAAAUAGUACAAAUCCCAUUAGACGAGAAUGAAGUUCAGUCAGUAGAUUUAGAGGCUGCAAAAGUGAAUCAGGAUGAUGAAGAGGUUCCGCUCACCAAUGCACCGUUAAUUGGUGCUCCAUUCCGUUUGAUAUCCUUUGUUGCUAGAUAUGUGAGUGGUGCUGAUUUGGUUGAUAAGAACUCAGCAACCUCAAACCGAUAACCUGUAGCUGUAAGUUUUUACACAGUGAAAAGGAGAAGAUGACACCAAGAUUAAACAUGGUCAUGUCUCUGAGCUGAAUGAUAUUCUUAUUAUAGUCUUAGGCUGGAUACUGCCCCUUUUUUCUACCAAAUUUUUCCAUAGGGCUUAUAGUUAUAAAAGAUUGAAAUCUUGAUUUUGACCGUUUUAAACACAUAGCUGAAAGUUUGAAGGAAAUGUGGAACCAAAUAUAUGCUAGAGAGAUGAGAGUUGCAGUUGGCUAAUUUAGCCAGAUGGAUUUUGUAUCCAUUUAUACUUCAUUUGGAUG